AUGUCCAUACCCCUCAAAACAACCCUAUGUUUACUCCUAAUAGUACCCCUAACACUAUGUGAAAUUGAGACAUCAGAAGACUGCAAAGACUUUGACUCAAACUGUAACGAUUGGGUAGCUCAAGACAAAACGAUAUGUGACAAAACAGUCUACAUUAAGCAAAGCUGCAGGAAAUCUUGCGGAUUCUGCCGGCAUAUGCCUAGAAGUGGGUUUAAACUUUGAGGUUUGAUGGUUUAUAACUUUUAAAAAAGCCUAAUUCUAAGAAAGAGACCCCGACCUACGUUAACAUCUUAAAUUCUAGAAUUUGACAUAAGCCGCAUCCCGGCCAACCUUCAACAUUUGGCAUUUUUGGUCGGAAUCUGGAGGUCCGAACAUGGUGGCAAAGCUUUUUUCCCUACUAUCCCUAAAUUUACCUAUGGUGAACAACUUGAAUUUGCUUUGUCUGACAAACAUAUUGGGUCUAUGCCGGCUUUGAAUUAUACGUAAGUUCUACUAUACUCACCACAAAAAAAUAUACCUGAAUGUCCUACACAUAACAUACAGUACCCUAGAAACCCUACAAAUCCAUCUAACAUAAGGUGCAAGCCCCCUAACUUAAGGUGCAAGAAUCUAACUUAAGGUGCAAGACCCCAAACUUAACGUGCAAGCCCCCCUAACAUAAGGUGCAAGCUCCUAACUUAAGGUGCAAGUCCCCUAACUUAAGGUGCAAGCCCCCCUAACUUAACGUGCAAGUCCCCUAACUUAAGGUGCAAGCCCCCUAACUUAACGUGCAAGCCCCCUAACAUAAGGUGCAAGUCCCCUAACUUAAGGUGCAAGUCCCCUAACUUAAGGUGCAAGCCCCCUAACUUAAGGUGCAAGCCCCCUAACUUAACGUGCAAGCCCCCUAACAUAAGGUGCAAGUCCCCUAACUUAAGGUUCAAGCCCCCUAACUUAACGUGCAAGUCCGCUAAAUUAACGUGCAAGCCCACUUUUCCUUGUCCCAGAUCUUUAAAAUAAGAUAAAUUAGCGAUGAAAUAAGCUUAGCGUUUGCACACACAUUAACAUGCCACAAAUAGCAAAAGUAAUUAAAUAUGUUUUCAUAUCACAUGUUAUUGAUAUUGAGAUUAAUGUUUUUGAAGGGUUUAGCUUUUGGAUUCAAUCAUUUCAAAAUGUGCUUAGUGAAGUGUUUUGAAGGCCUGGGGGUGAAGCCAGUUUUGUUGGAAAAAUGAAGCCAAAACUUUAGCAAAAUUGACUUUAAAUUUAAAAAACAUGCCUUUAAAAUGUUACAGUAACCUAUGAAAAUCUAUUUUAGUUACAGUAAUCAAAUACUUUUAAAAAACUUUACAGUAAAUGGCUUUUGCUACCUAAAUUUUAACAGUACGUAGCUUUUAUUACCUAAAAAUUUACCGUACACGACUUUUAAUACCUAAAAUCUUACAGUACAUGCCUUUUAUUACCUAAAAUUUAACAGUACAUAGCUUUUCUUAUCAAAAUUUUACAGUAAGUGACCUUUAUUAACAAAAACUUUACAAUAUAUGAAUUUUAUUACCUAAAACUUUACAGUACCAAAGCGCAUGAUAAAAAAGCGUGGUAGAAACCAAAAUCCACACGGAAAUCCUAUAGCUUAUCCCAACGACAAGAUUAGGCUUUCCUUGACGUAAAACAAUAAUCGGCUUGAGGAAACCUCUAAUUAGUCUUAAGGUUAUCUAUCUAUAACCAUGUUAAUCCGCACCAACAUCAAACGACAUGUUUUAUUCCAAAAAGCUUGGCCCACGCCCACAAAGAUUUUGCAAAAGAUUUAGGCCUAAAAAUAGAUUUUAUAAUAAACUAUCAAAUAUAAUUCACAAGGGAAAGGCAAAUAGGGGGGUAUCGGACCUAGAACUGAGACAUAUAUCAUGUGAAAGAGCGUGAAAAGUUAUGUAAAAAUUAAAAUUUUUAGCGGCCCAAAGUCAUAUACUAAACAGUUACAGUAAUUCAAAGUUUACUACUUUCCAAGAUUCCAAAGGGUCCCCCCUGUGGAUUUAUUUGGAAAAAAUUUUUAGAAAUAUUUUUUUGUGUUUUGUAAUGAAACUUUAAAAUAACCUUUUUAAGAGUCGUUAAUGUGCUUUUUGAUUAAAAAAAACUUUUACUUUGUUAAAAUUGAAGCGUUAAGGAAUUUUUAAAGUUUAACACUGUAUAGUAAAACGAAUAUAUUUGGACUGCCUGAUUUUCCAUCCAAAUUGACGAAUAUACAAAUAAAAAUCUUGAAAAACUCUUAUUAGGCUUUUUUUAACAAAAUAAAAUAAUUGCAACUUUUUUGCAAACCUGCAGGCAUCAAAACAAAGCGAUGGCAAAAGUGCGACCGCAGUGGGAUUCGAACCCUCAGCCUUUGGAACAUAAAGCUAGGUUUCAACCCACUGGGCUACAGAAACACACAGCGUUACGCUGUCCUUUUGGGCGCUUUUUUCCAGGAUAUUCCCUAAUAAGAAAUCUUAUAGGAAAAACUUUAUAUUACUGUAACUUUUUACUAUAUGACUUUGGGCCGCUAAAAAUUUUAGUUUCGACAUAACUUUUCAUGCUCUUUCACAUGAUAUAGGUCUCAGUUCUAGGUCCGGUACCCCCCUAUUUUCCUUUCCCUUGUCAAUAUCCUGUAGUAUAACAUAAAUUUUGAUGUGAAAAGAUUUGCCGUUUGCCAAACUUUACUGAUAAUAAACAUGUAACCACGUAUUUUACAAAAAAAUCAAUUUCAGAGCAUUCGCCUGGAGUAUGGUAGACAGAGAAGAGCUUCACGCUGAGAACGGCUACCUCACUGUCCAACCUGGCGGCCGAUUGGUUUCCAUGAACACUGUGAUGAGCAAUGGUAAGUUAAAAAGCCCUAUUUGGGUUUUAAAAGAUCUUUCAAUUCUGUGUUGGAUCAAUUGUAAUUGAAAAAUCUGUUAAAGAAACUAAAAAACCUAUCUUGUUGGAGUUUAUCUUGUCCACAACAUCAGAUGUCUAGUGUAAUAUCGAAAAACUUGACCAAAUGGGUCUUUAUAGACCUCAGAGUUAACUCAAAACCAUUUUAAUAGAUCCACAAGACUUUAGAAAACCUAACACAAACAAAAUUAAACAAGAAUUAACAUACCAACCUUUUAUAUUAUCCAUGACAUCUGAUGGGUAGUGUAAUACCCCAAAAUAGUCGUGAAUUGUUAGUUUUAAUUCUUUUCUGUAUCAAAAUAAAGCCAGAAGAAACCUGAAGCACUUAAAAAUGCUAAAACAAUCAACAAAAAGCCAUUUUAGCCCUACGUUAUCUGUUUUUCCACGCCUUUGUCUCCGAUUUCUAGUGUAAUAUCCGAAAUUCGUUGAAACCUUCGAAAUCCCAAAAAUUCACAAACCUUAUAAUAAAUCUAACAAAAAUACAAACAUUUCCAAAUUAUAACAAUCUAAAAUGCCCUCUUUAGGCUUCGCAACAAUUGAAGAAGGCCUGGUGAACCACAACCGGAUCCAGUUCCGACUGGUCGAUAUUGGUCGUCUCAGCUUCUCACGCGAUUUGCCCGUUCAUGACGUGAGUUGAAAACAAAGAAACUUCAAAAUCCAAUCCGUAAUUAGGCAUUUUAAUUGUUUUUUCAGCUAAUCCGCGAAUGGACGUUGUUGGAUUCUCGAACGAUGGAGAGCAGAUUAGAUAUGCAGACGUUAACUCACGGAAUGCGCGAACAUACCACCAUUACAUACACCAAGGUCUUCCCAUAA